ACUCGAAAGACAGAAGAACUCCACCGACAUCCGACAAUAGAUUCCUUGAUGAAAGAAAUGCCUUACUAAAUUCAUCAACCAUAUGAAAGCAUCAUCAUUUCUCAAUAACAUAUGGAGUAAUGCUGUUGGUUGCAAUGGAUUCCAUUUUUACGGUUUUUUCAUCAUGGACAUUUCAGUGUCCUUAGAAAAGAGCACGCAGUUUCUUUAUGGAAUCGUGUGGUCCUGGCGCAGAGAUUCUUGUGCAAUGCUGACCUUUAUCCAUGACGGAAGAGGGACUUCCACCUACGUCCAUCCUUAUCUUCGCGACGAACGCUCAUCUAGCUUCACUGCUACUAAACACAAUUUGUUUUUCUUUACUGGCGACUUGGGCGAGUUUCUGGACCACUUCAUGAUCGCUUCCGUCCGCUGUUACACCUGUAAUUAUUCACCACGGGAUUGUGCCCAGUAA